AUGGCAUUACUUGAAGAUCCAACAAUUCAACGUAUUCUUAAUGAAGUUAAUAAAGCUGCGACUGGUGGAGUGUUUGGUUUCGCUGGGAAUUACAUAGCUGAUUCACCGAAACCGACAACACCAAUGCAACCAUUAAAAGUUAAUAAUUUUUACACUCAACAGCAACAAACACCGCUUUUUUAUCCAACACCGGAAAUGUUUGGCAUUGAUGAUGUAUCAAGUUUUGAUCAAAAUCUUGAUUUAAAUGGAUCAGAAUCAAUGAUACCUAUAGCUACUCCAAAUAAUUUUGAUGUCUACAGUUCAGGUUAUUACAAUUCAGUGCCGCAAAAUAUUAUGUCACCGUAUGAAAAUUAUAAAAACGAUAUGUUAAAUAGUAGCAGUAAUAAUAAUAAUAACAAUAAUAACAAUAAUAAUAAUAAUAAUAAUAAUAAUAAUGAUAAUUCAAUGAAACCCAUUCGUACAACAUCAAGUGUUUCGUCAACAAACAAUGAUAUAUUAUUAUCAGAUAGCCAUCGUCAUCAAGAAUAUCCAACAGUACCACCAAAAUUAGCAGCAGCUGUACCUAAUCUGGGUUUAAAUUUACGAACAUCACCACCAUUAGAUUCUAUGCCUGUUAAUGUAAGUGAAACGAUUCAUGAAGUUAUUCCAAAUGAGACAACAGAUAUCGCAACAGCAUCCAUCGAUUUAUUAGCUGAUAAAGAUGAUAAUAAUUCAUUACCAUCGAAUAAUAAUAAUGAAGAAAUGGAUCCACCGCAUAUAUCUUCAGCUGGUCGAAUUUUUUAUGAUCCAAACCCUCAAAUAAUUCAACGUAAAGGUUCAAAUUCGGUAACAUAUAAACAAAAUAUAAUUGUUCGUUUUCUACAACCACCACCAAUUCCUAAUGCUGGUCCGCUAGUUAUCAAAGAAAUAAGUUCUCAACAACAGCCACCAUUGCCACCUCUAGUUAUUAAACAACGUCCAACACCACCAAAAACUCCACCACCGCUUAUUAUUCGUGAAAAACCACCACCCCUUCCAUCAUCCAUUGCCACAAAGGUGAUAACUCGUCAUUUACCGCCUGAACCAGCUCCACCACGAGCUGUCAUUAUAGAACGUUUACCACCAUUACCACCUAAACCACGGGAUAUCAUUAUUGAACGUUGGUUACCAUAUGAAAUAGUGAAUCAAAAACGUAAAGUCAUUGUUGAACAUGUGCAAAAGAAUUCGAAAGAAUAUCCACAACCGAAAAAUGUUAUCAUCACUUAUGAACCUGUUUAUGCAAAAAUUGAACGUCAUUUUCAAAAACAAAACGUGGUUCGUGAAGAUCCUCAAGCGUAUGCAAAUCGUUUUGGUGAAAAAUUAUGCGAAUCAGCGGCUGUUAUUGAACAAGCACGAGCUGCAGGAGUUCUUGAAGAUCUUGAUCCACCCGUAUCAUUUCUUACAUCAACAACAAAUAGUGUUGCUAUAGGUACAGAUUAUGAAUCAACAAUAAAAUCUAUUGACGAUCAGGCACAAAAACCAAGUAAUGACAAUGAACAACAAGAAGAAAAAGAAGUUACUCAAACACCUAUGGAAAAUAUUCAAGAUGAUGAUGUUUUUGUUGAAGAAAAUGUUACACCAUUCUAUAUGAAUUCAGGUGAAAAUCUUCAACAAACACUCCAUCGUUUAGGCAUUGAAAUACCAGAAAAUAUUCUAAAUGAACAUCAAUUUUGA